CUGGUAGCAACGAUAAGUGACAAUCAAAAAAACACGAGCACAUUAUUCAGAAAAUGGCUGACGGAAGGGAAAUCAAGGACCCAGUUGCGGAAACUAAGACGGAAGAAACUUCUGUUGCUGCUGAUGCUGCUGCAACAGAUGGUGGUGAAAAGAGAAAGGCCACCGAAGCCGCCGGCGGCGAUGGCGACGCCGAGAAGCCGAAGAAGAAGAAGAAGAGCAAGCACGGUAGACACUCAAGGUACGACGACUUGGAAGAGCCAAAGACGGACUCGGACGACACCGACGAGGAGAAAGAGGAGAUUGACGAUGAAAAGUUGAUUGUGGAGGACGAAGAGGAGGACGAUCUUGCCGAGAUUGACACCACGAACAUCAUCACGCAGGGGAGAAGAACUAGGGGGAAGGUGAUUGACUACACGAAAGUUGAGGCGGAGAUGAGAGAGGCGAAGAAGGACAGUGGCGAGAAGGACGAGGAAGACGAGGAGGACGAGGACGAAGACUUCAAGGAGAAGGAGGAGAAGAAGUAGAAGUGUCUUUCUCUCAUGUAUUUCUAAAAACGAUUGUAUUUGUCGGACC